ACAAACAGACACACAGACACGUGGGAAUCUGCAUGUACUCUUUGAAGAAUAUACACUGGGUCCCACAUCUCAAUCACAAAGUAGGAGGCACCUUAUGGUAUUUAUCUCUUUAUUUUAUUUUUUAUUUUUUUUUUUCAUUGACUUCGUUGUGGAUUUUGGCUUGAUCCUUUAUACUGGGGCGAGGAUUAACUGACAGAAGAAACAAAUGCCAAACAUGCCUGUGAGCAAUGUUAGCAGAAUGGACAAUGACACCCUGGCUAUGUUGCAGAACAAGCAAGCCAGUAACUUUGUGAGUUUCAUCUACAUCGUUGUGACACUGGUUAACCUCUCUGGUAAUGGCCUGUCCAUGUGGGUGCUACUGUUCCGCACCUUUCCGAAGAGCCCGUCCAUCAUCUACAUGAUCAAUCUCACCAUCACUGAUCUUGCAGUGGGCUUAGCGCUCCCCUUCCAGAUUGUGUACCAGAUGCAAGGCUACAACUGGACCCUGGGCCCGCUGAUGUGCAACACACUUACCGUCAUCUUCUUCACCAACAUGUACUGCUCUAUUCUGACAAUGACCGCCAUUAGCAUUGACCGCUACAUGGGAAUUGUGAAGCCCUUGCGCGUCAAAGGGAGGCGCGAGAAUACAAAGUAUGCCAUCGUCAUCUGCGUGCUCAUGUGGGCUGUGGUUCUGGGCGUGCUGAGCCCGUUGGAGAUGACAGACCUGACGUUUUACGUGCACGAGCUCGGAAUUAUCACCUGUUUUGAUGUGCUGAAGAAGAACAUGCUGCCGUCGCUUGUGCACUGGGCUGCCUUCCUGUUUGCCUUGUUCAUCAUCCUCUUCCUCUGUCCCUUCAUUAUGACCAUGUACUGCUACAUCAGGAUCAUCUGGGCUCUGGUGAAAAGCCCCCAGAGCAAACCGAAGGGCAAAGCUGUGCGCCUGGCCUUCACUGUCCUCUUCGUCUUUGCCGUCUGUUUUUCACCCAACAACAUUUUGCUCCUGGCCCACACAGUCACAAAGCUUUACUAUGGGAAAUCUCUCUACAUAUACUAUAAGAUGUCCCUAACCCUUAGCUGUCUCAACAGCUGUCUCGAUCCAUUUAUCUACUACUUUGCCUCAAAGGAGUUCCGCCGAAAGAUGAGACAGAUGUUGAGACUGCAAACCUUCAGCACAGCAGACUUAACAGAUGGCCCCAACGACAGCUUCUUCUCAGGUCGCACUGGUUCAAACGGCAAUGGAGAGUAUGAGCUUGGACAGAGACGUGUGAGUCAAGGCAAUACAAGUUUCUAGUUUACAGACCACAUGUUUUCAAACUUGUUUUCUGGUCUAUCAUGUUCUGUUUUAUCCUCUUAUUUCUGUCCAGAGGUGUUAUGAGGAAGCCAGAUGUCUCAUGUGACAUGCCUCGUGAUACUCAAGCUAAUUUCUCUUUAUUGUAGGCAUUAUAGCUAAGCUCACAUUACAAAUAUUUAUCUUUGUAUUUUUGUGGAAUGUGAAACAUAUGAGUAUUGAUUCUGUGAUUCCCUGGGGUCCCUCUGUCCAGACAAAGAUUACCUCACAACUUGUCUGAAUAGAAUAGUUUUUUGUUAAUUAAAAUUCUACUUAGUUGAUAGUAUGUUAGAUGUGCUAAUUCUAUAGCUGUACUUAUAGGCUAUAGAAGUGAACUUGACUGAUCAUAACAUAUCUAUAUGUAUUAGUUUAUAUUGCAUUCUAAUAUUUGUUAUAAACAGUGAACAAUUGCAUUUACAAUAGAAAUAGUGGUGGCACGAACAGGCGAUUAUUAUUUACCAUGGACUGAGUAUAACUGAUUACGCAAGUGUAAUGCAACAAAAUAUUUAAAACAUUUAUUUGGCAGCUAUUUCAGUUUUGUCACUAAAUUCUAAAUAUAAUGUCCGGUAAAAUGUCAUAACUAUUAUUUGAUAAAAAUACACUUUAAUGGCUCUCAGGGAUUUAUUUGGUAUUUCUCAUCAGAUCUUAUUUAUGAUGGUGUUUUUUUGUUUUUUUUUUUGCUAUGUUUUGUUUUGUGAAAGCAGUUUAUCAUGUUAUUAAAUGUGUGCUUUGAGGAAA